ACCUCAGUGUUUUAGUGAAAUUAGAAAUGAUUAGGUAUAGUUUUAUCUAUUUCAUUAGAGAUCUGUUGUGGUGUUCCUAACUAGAAGAUAUCUAAAUAGUGCCAUAGGAUUAAAUAAUACUCUGAAUAAACAUGGCAACGCAAGGCGUUGUUGUGGGUGACUACAUCUGGGCUAAGCAAAUAAACAAUGGCGAGUUUGACAUACCAAUCGGUGGCAAAGUGACUGCCAUAGAAUCGAGCAGAGUGAAAAUAAUCGACGAUGAUGGCAAUCAGGUUUACGUUGCCAAUGCCCAAGUGCUCAAAAUCAUGCACGUCACAUCUGAAAAAGGCGUUGAUGAUAUGAUUAACCUGGGAGAUCUGCAAGAAUACGCUAUACUCCGCAACUUACACAAACGCUACAAAGAAAAGAAAAUCUACACAUAUACGGGAACUAUGUUGGUGGCCAUAAAUCCAUACGAAUUUUUGCCGAUUUACACCAAUUCACUGAUUAAUGAUUACCGAGGAAAAAAGUUUGAAGAACUUCCGCCUCACAUUUUUGCAGUGGGAGAUAAUAGUUAUAAUGAUAUGAAGAAAACAAAAACAGAUCAGUGCAUAGUAAUAAGUGGCGAAUCUGGAGCUGGUAAAACAGAAAGCACAAAAUUAAUAUUGCAGUAUUUGGCUUCAACUAGCGGUCAACAUUCUUGGAUAGAACAACAAAUUUUAGAAGCUAAUCCAAUAUUGGAGGCUUUUGGUAAUGCUAAAACUGUGAGAAAUGAUAAUUCUUCAAGGUUUGGAAAAUAUAUUAAUAUAGACUUCAACUUAAAUGGAGCCAUUGAAGGUGCCAAAAUUGAACAGUAUUUGUUGGAGAAGAGUAGAAUAGUAUCUCAAAAUGAUGGAGAAAGAAACUACCAUAUAUUUUAUAGUAUGUUAGCCGGUUUACCUAAAGAAGAAAAGAAAAGACUAGAUUUAGGAGAACCAGAUGCCUAUGAAUAUUUAAAAGGUGGGAGAACAUUGACAUGUGCUGGUCGGAAUGAAGCCAAAGAAUUCUCCGAUAUCGCUGGAGCACUGAAGGUUCUCAAUUUUACAGAAAAACAAACAUCGGAUAUUUUUACAUUGCUAUCGGCCAUUUUACAUUUAGGAAAUUUAAAAUUCAAGUCGGGGUCGUCAUCGCACUCUGAAAGUUCGGAAAUAGGUGAUCAGUCUCUUAAUGAGAAGAUUGCUCGACUUUUAGGGGUAGCAAAAGCUGACCUUGCGGAAGCUCUCACCAAAAAGACCAUAUAUGCUCAUGGAGAUACGAUUGUUUCUACCAUGUCCAAACAGCAAGCCACAGAAUCACGAAAUGCUUUUUCAAAGGCAAUUUACGGAAAAAUAUUUAUUUUGUUGGUGGACAAAAUAAACGAAGCCAUUCACAAAACCAAAAUUCCACACAAAAAAUCAAUCGGUGUGUUAGAUAUCUUUGGAUUUGAAAACUUUCAAGUGAACAGCUUCGAACAGCUAUGCAUCAACUACGCAAACGAAAACUUGCAACAAUUCUUCGUCCAACAUAUAUUUAAACUUGAACAGGAAUACUACACGAAAGAAGGUAUUAAUUGGUCAAAGAUCGAAUUCGUCGAUAACCAGGACGUGCUGGACAUGAUUGGACUGAAACCGAUGAAUAUAUUUUCUCUGAUCGAUGAAGAAACCAAGUUUCCAAAAGGAACGGAUUUUUCAAUGUUAACGAAACUUCAUGGACGUCAUGGAACAUUAAAAUUUUAUUUGAAACCUAAAUCUGAUAUGACACCUGAAUUCGGAGUUCAACAUUUUGCUGGUGCUGUAUUUUAUCAAGUUUCUGGUUUCCUUGACAAAAACCGAGAUACCUUUAGCCAGGAUAUUAAAAAUCUAGUCAAAUCUUCGCAAAAUGAUAUGAUUCUUUCCAUAUUCAAAGAUGAAAUUGCCAACGAUAAUAACAGUAAGAAGAUGGUAACGCUUUCUUCACAAUUUAAAACAUCUCUAGAAUUACUGAUGAGGACGCUUAGUUCCUGCCAUCCGUUCUUUGUACGUUGCAUAAAACCCAAUGAAUUGAAAAAGCCACAAAUAUUUGAUAGAGCAUUAUGCUGUCGACAGUUAAGGUACUCGGGUAUGAUGGAAACAGCUAAAAUAAGACAAGCUGGAUAUCCGAUUAGAUAUUCUUAUCCUCAAUUUGUAGACAGGUUUAGAUACCUAGGAAAAGGAAUACCUCCAUCUCAUAAAGGGGACUGUAAAGAGUCAACAAAAAAAAUAUGUAACGAAGUAUUUACAAAAGGUGAAGAUUUCCAACUUGGACAUUCAAAAUUAUUCCUUAAACAUGUAGACAGUGAAAGACUUGAAGAAUUAAGGGCACAAGUAUUAGCUAGGUACAUUUUGGUUUUGCAAAAAGCUAUAAGAGGUUGGAUUCAUAGACGACAAUUUAAAAAACUCAGAGCAGCUGCUAUUGUAUUCCAAAAACAUUUUAGAGCAAGGGGAUAUCGAACUAAAUAUCUCAAAAUGCGGAAUGGGUAUCAACGCCUUCAAUCCAAGAUUAUCUCAAGGGAACAAGUAUUCUCUUACCAAAAAUUGCGAGAGAAAAUUGUGCGGUUGCAAGCGCGUAGCAAAGGUUACGUUGCAAGAACAAGUGGUCAGUUUGGAAAGAUCGUGUCAAUAUUGCAGCAAAGGAAACAGGAUGAGAUUGAAUUUAAGCGUCAAGGCAGAAAGAAUCCACGACUUGAUGCGGAAUCUUUAAUGCAGCAACGCUUGGCGGCUGCUAGUGCAGAUUACGCUGCCAUGUUGAAGCAGAAGGAAGUGGAAGCUUUAAGGGCUAUACAAGACGUAAGUCAGCAAUUUGCUUUCUUGGAAGAUGCCCUGAUAUCAGAACCUCCUUCACCCAGUACUGAAAUGCCAAAGUUACCCCAAAACAAAGUUGACGUUAAAUUGACGGAUCAAUUGCAUAACACCUUCCCCGACCAGGAAGACCCAUCUGAAUACAGCUUCCGUAAAUACGCGGCUACAUACUUUAUUCAUGGAACCGGUGUUCAACAUUCUAGAAAAUCACCUCGUACAGCCCUUCACGAACUACCAACUCCAGACGACAUUUUGGCCGCCCAAGCUUUAUGGUCUGCUAUCUUACGGUUUAUGGGAGACAUGCCGGAACCUAGAAUAAGUAGAGAAAAUGAUGGUCCUCAAGUUCCCGUAAUGGCUCAACUGAACGAGACAAUCAGCAGGGCUUUUGCCAACAGGAAGGAAUACCAGCGCAUCGUUCAAGAUGAGCGCAAACAGAUGCAGUCUCUAAAGAAAUCUGAUAGACAGAGGUUAAUUCAUAUGACGUUGAAGAAAAAGACAAAAUUACUAGACGAUGUAAAGAGGGGAUUAGUCGAGGAUUCAUUCGCUGUGAAAAAUUACAAUGAUUGGUUACACCACAAAAGGACAAAUAAUCUGGAAAAAUUGCACUUCAUAAUUGGCCAUGGUAUACUACGACCCGAAUUAAGAGAUGAAAUACUCUGCAUCAUCUGCAAGCAGUUAACUAACAAUCCCAGUAGAGCUUCGUAUGCUCGAGGAUGGAUACUUAUGUCCCUUUGCGUAGGCUGCUUCCCUCCAUCUGAGCGAUUUGCUCCAUACUUUAGAGCUUUCAUUAGGACUGGACCUCCAGGUUAUGCACCCUUCACGGAAAACAGAUUGGCUAGAACCCUACAGAAUGGAGCCCGAAGCCAACCUCCCACGUGGCUUGAACUUAUUGCUAAUAAGAACAAGAGUCUAAUAUCUCUCAACAUCACUCUGUUGGAUUCAUCAGAACUUACAGUUGAGGUAGACUCCGCUACUACAGCCGAAGAAAUUAUUGCUAAAAUAUCCACAUCACUUAACAUGAAAGAUACAUUCGGCUUCUCGUUAUUUGUGGCCCUGUACGACAAAGUCAUGUCAUUAGGAAGUGAAGGAGAUCACGUACUAGAUGCGAUAUCUCAAUGUGAACAGUACUCAAAAGAGCUAGGACACGAAGAGAAAAACAGCCCUUGGAGGCUUUUCCUUAGAAAGGAAAUGUUUGCUCCUUGGCAUGAUCCUACAGCUGACAGUGUAGCUACUGACCUAAUUUAUAAACAGGUAAUGCGUGGAUUAAAAACUGGUGAAUAUCGAUGUCCACAAGAAGGUGACGUUGCGACAUUAAUAGCGACACAGUUUUAUAUUGAGCAAGGUGCUACAUUAAGUUCCAAGAUUUUACAUAGCCGAAUAGGAGAAUUUUUACCGGUAUCUAUAGUUCAACAUUCUCAAGGUAAUCUACUUCCAUGGGAGCAAAGGAUAGCCCAAACCUUUGAUAUGUUGGCGUGUGUGAAAAAGAAGUGGCCAGUACCUAAAGCGAAGGAAUCCAUUGUCAUUUACAGUAAAUCUACUUGGCCAAUAUUGUUCUCCAAAUUUUAUGAAGGUUUGCAAGUAUCUGGCCCUGAAUUACCUAAAAAGAACGUCAUUAUUGCAGUGAACUGGACUGGUAUUUAUAUGAUCGAUGACCAAGAACAAAUAUUAUUGGAAUUGACAUUCGCUGAUAUCUUCUUUAUCACAUUCGAAAAUACAAAUAAGAUGGCUCCAAAAUUAAUAUUUACUACGGUUGCAAAAGAGGAAUACGUUUUUAUCAGUCCAGAUGCUCAAAACCUUUGUUCUCUAAUCCAGUUUAUCAUAGACGGUUUGAAACAACGAUCUAUAUACUGUGUAGCUACUCAAGACUAUCGACAUCAAACUGAUGCUGAAUCUUUCCUAGCAUUCAAGAAAGGCGAUUUAAUAAUUUUGAAAAAUAACACCAAUGGCAAGUCGCUCAUGACUUCUACUUGGGGAUUCGGAGAAUGUAACGGUAAAUCAGGAGAUUUUCCAACCGAGAUGGUGUAUAUACUGCCUACUAUGACGCCUCCACCUCAAGAUAUUUUGACUGCUUUUAAGAAAGAGCGUAUAAUUGAAAAACAAUCUUCUGCUCCGGCACUGACUACAUUACAACGCAUGAGAUUAUACACUCUGGCACACUAUGCUGAUGAACAUUUCCGUAGUGCUAGACGAGUAACUAGCAUUAAUAGACCUUCUGUGAUGACUGCUGCUAGAAGAAAUUCCAAAGAAGAAUUAUGGAAAUAUACAAACGAACCAAUUUAUCAACCAUUACUGCAAAAAGUUAUGGAAGAUGAAGAAGCCAGUAAAGAAGCUUGUAACAUAUUUACAGUAAUAUUACGGUACAUGGGCGACUUACCUGCUCCCAAAGCCAAGUAUGCGAACGAAUACACUGACCAAAUAUUCAGCAGUCCUUUGAAGAACGAAAUACUCAAAGACGAAGUAUACUGUCAGAUUUUACGACAGUUAACAUUCAAUAGAAUGGCAAUCAGCGAGGAGAAGGGCUGGGAGUUAUUGUAUUUAAUAACAGGUUUAUUUGUACCUAGCACUGUCCUAUUGGAGGAAACUAAAAAAUUCCUAAAAUCUAGAGUUCAUCCAUUUGUUGAACCCUGUCUACAAAGGCUUCAAAGAACAUAUAAAGUUGGUCCAAGGAAAUUCCCUCCUUAUUCUGUUGAAGUUGAAGCCAUUCAACACCGUAGUAUGGAAAUUUAUCAUAAAAUUUACUUCCCUAAUGAUACUGAUGAGGCAUUCGAAGUGGAUUCUAUGACUAGAGCGUCAGAUUUAUGCAAGAAUAUAGCUGCGAGAUUAGAUUUACUAUCGACGGAUGGAUUCAGUCUUUUUGUAGCUAUUGCGGAUCGAGUAUUCUCAAUUCCGGAAAGUUAUUUCUUCUAUGAUUUCUUGAGCGAAUUGAUAAAUUGGAUGAGGGCAACCAAACCUAGUUGGGGCAGUGCCGCUCCAAUCCAAGCCCAGUAUCAAGUGUUCUUCAUGAAGAAGCUUUGGGUAAAUACCGUCCCAGGAAAAUGUCUCAAUUCAGACCAAAUAUUCCACUAUCACCAGGAACUACCUAAAUACCUGAAAGGUUAUCAUAAAUGCAGUAAGCAAGAUGCAGUCAAGUUAGCCGCCUUUAUACUUCGAGCUAGGUUCGAUAAUGACCAGCAAGAGGUUCAAUCAGUAAUUCAAAACAACGUAAAAGAAUUUAUUCCGCAUGAUCUAAUAAAAGCAGCAAGCAGUAGUGAUUGGAAGAGAUCGAUUUCUGCCGAAUACAAAUCUGCAGCGUAUAGUGUUCCCGAAGCUAAAGAAGCUUUCUUAAAAUAUAUUGCUUCCUGGCCUACAUUUGGAUCUACCUUCUUCGAAGUAAAGCAAGCCACUGAACCGUCGUAUCCAGAAAUAAUUCUAAUUGCUAUUAAUAAAAGGGGAGUAAACAUUAUACAUCCACACACUAAGGAUAUAUUGGACGUUCACGAUUAUUCAGAAUUAUCAAACUGGGGGUCGGGUAAUACGUAUUUCCAACUGACUAUUGGAAAUAUCAUGAGAAGGACAAAGCUAUUAUGCGAAACGUCGCAAGGAUACAAAAUGGAUGACCUAAUUACCUCUUAUAUAAAGUUCUUUAAGGAAAGUGCUCAAAAAGAAAGAAGUAACGAUAUAUUUUUGUAAUAUUUAAGUAAAAAAUCUUAAUUUAUUGGAGUUUGACGAUUUGAUAAAAAUGUAAUUAACCAUUUCAACUGUAUUUAUUAAAUAUAAUGACGAUAUUUGAAUUGUA